AUGUCUGAAAAAUCUGUUUUACCGAGUAAGCUCUCGGAAGGUCCCCAUGGCUUAGGUGAUCCUGAAGAUAGAAGCUUGCGCAAAGUUGAGAAAGAUGUAUUGAUUCCGAAACUUAUUAGGGAAAAGGCAAAGAAAGAAAAAUGUAUUCAGGAAGUAACUGAUUUUGAAAGUUGUUGCAAGGAUUCAUCUCUUCUGAUGGUUGUCAAGUGUAGAAAUCAAAAUUCUGCCCUAAAAGAUUGCUUGAGCGAGUGGUAUCAAAAUGAGGAUUUCAAAAAGCUAUGUACUGAAGAAUAUUUGGCUCAAAGAAGUGAAUACAGAAGAACUGGUAUUAGGAAACCUAUCAAAAGGGCUUAG